AUGAGCUUCCUAUUCGGAGGCAGAUCAUCGAAGACUUUUAAACCCAAGAAGAAUAUACCAGAAGGUACCCACCAAUACGAUCUGAUGAAGCACGCUGCAGCCACCCUUGGUUCGGGCAAUCUGAGAUUGGCUGUACUACUACCAGAGGGUGAAGAUCUCAAUGAAUGGGUUGCUGUCAACACUGUUGAUUUUUUCAAUCAAAUAAACAUGUUGUAUGGUACAAUAACAGAGUUCUGCACCGAGGAAAGUUGUUCUAUAAUGUCCGCUGGACCCAAAUAUGAAUAUCAUUGGGCAGAUGGCCUGACUGUAAAGAAACCAAUCAAGUGUUCUGCUCCAAAAUACAUCGAUUAUUUGAUGACUUGGGUUCAGGAUCAAUUGGAUGACGAAACAUUGUUCCCUUCAAAAAUCGGUGUCCCAUUUCCUAAGAACUUCUUAUCGAUUGCUAAGACAAUACUUAAACGGUUAUUCAGGGUGUAUGCACAUAUAUAUCAUACACAUUUCGAUUCAAUUGUGACGCUGGGCGAGGAAGCACAUCUCAACACAUCUUUUAAGCAUUUUAUUUACUUUGUUCAGGAAUUUGUACUAAUUGAUCGAAGAGAAUUGGCUCCAUUACAAGACUAUAUUGAUAAAUUGGCUGGCCGAGAAACUAGAUAA